AGCUGCAAAAAUUUUGAUAAAUGGAUGCAUUUGUAUUUUGACAGCAAAACUAAUUUUGUAAAAUUGAUUGCUAUUAUAAAGAAAUACAAAUAUUAUUCAAACUACUUUUGAGUGAAUACAUGCUGAUAUAAACAGUUUUUUAUAAGUAAAUUCUCAAAAUUGUUCUGACAGAAGCACUGUAAACAGAAAAGUCGGCGUCCAUACCAAUUUGGUGUAACGUGUAGUUUUUGAGGAUACAUUAGUUGAUAUGAUCUUUAGAUUAAUAAAACUAUACCAUACAAAUAGCAUUAUGGUAUUAUAACUAGUAAAACAUUUGUAGAAUGUUUGAGAAACAUUGAACUUUCGAGAUAAAUGUAUUUCUAAUGGGGACUCAAACAUUAUUAGAAGGCGAAUUUAACGUCUUACAGUUUGAAAAGCAACUGACCACUUUGAAGGAUUCUCAAGAGGCUAUUAAUAAUUGUUGUCAGUGGUGUUUACAAAACAGAGUUCAUCACAAAAAAAUUGUCAAUGCUUGGCUAAACGUUUUAAAACGAGUUAAAGUUGAACAAAGACUUAUUCUGUUUUAUUUAGCCAACGAUGUUGUUCAAUAUUCCAAAAGACGAAAUUUGGAAUUCGUCGAGAGCUGGGGCAUCGCUUUACAAAAAGCAACAACAAUGGUUAGGGAUGAAAAGGUUAAACACAAAAUACUUAGGAUAUUUAAAAUCUGGGAACAAAGAUGUGUUUAUAAUGAAGAGUUCAUAUCAGAUUUGUGUGGAUUACUUAGUGUUUUACCUAGUGCUCCUAAAAAUGACGAGCCACAUGAAUUUCAGCCAAACUAUGUGAUAAAUAAAAUUAAGAACUGUGCUAAACUGGAGAAAGAUACAGACACAAAAUUGAAGCUACUUAAAGAACAUAAUCCCAAGAUUCAAUUAGACGACGGGCUUAUAACAUCGUUGAAAGAUCGUGCUCACAUGGAUGAUGUAGAGAAAGAAAUAGAAGUGUAUAUUACACAUAUGGAAGAAUAUAUGAAUGCGUUGAAAUUGGAAAUAAAAAAUAGGAUAACACUAAUUAGUGUAUUGAAGCAAGCGGAGUCACAACUAGAGGCCGACAGAAAAGAUGUCAAAGUAGUAGCAAAUGCAUAUAAAAUGUUUGGUACCAGAGUCAAAACCUUCCAGAGGAAAUUGGAAGAACAUAAAGAAACAUUAACUAGUCCUAUACCUUCUCCAGAUGUAAAUGCCCCAUCUCCUAGUCCAGAUUCUGAUUUAGAUUUGCCUGAGGAAACAACAGAAGAAAUAAUAUCGAAUGUGAAAGAAGUUAUUCCUGCAUUGUAUAAUCCAAAGGCGGAAUUACAAUUUAAUGCUGGAUAUUACACUCCAGUUCCAACGACUACUGCCAAUACCAGUGCUGAUGCGUCCAGCAGUUUUUUGAGUACCAACGGCUUUUCAAGUUUUAUAGGAUCAGAAACUUUCAACUUAGAAAAUUUCAGCAGUAGUCUUUUUAGUAAUGUCAGCAACUUUAAUAGUACAAACGAUUCUAGUUUGGAAAACGAGUUUACGUCUCCUGUAACGAAGGCAACACAAAUUAUUCCCGUGCAAGUCGAAACACCAUCGACUCAACAGUCUUUCAAUUACGAUACUAGCCAUAUACCUUUAUUGCCACCUCCGAUGCCACCUUUUUCAAAAUCUGAAGUUUCUUUCGGUAAUUCAGGCAGCUACGGUACAACCACGACAGACUCGAACUCAUAUGGUAAUACAUAUACGACUCCCUCAUAUGACACAACAAACGUUGUUAAUUACACGACUGAAGAAAAUUUUGGUGAAGAUAUAUUCGAACCACCCAUCGGCGCUAACCCCUACCCUCCCAGUGAAGAAUACAAUCCCGAAGAUGAAGUUUCUACGUGGGAACCAGAUCCUAGUUGGAAUGGCAUACCGGCAGUUCCAGAUACAGAUACACCAGAAAGUCCCCCGAUGUUCGAAAAAGAAGGUUACAAUAAUCCUAUCGAGUAUCAUGAUGCUAUAAUACCACGUGGCGUGCUAGAUGUAGAUCAUAGAGUUCUUCCUGGAAUAACUAACGAACUGGAAGAUUCUAUGGGUAGUCUUGGAACUAAAGAUGUGGAUCAUCGAAAUCUUAUAAGUCUGACGGGAUCACCUGGUCAAUCGAAUUCCCAAACUUCUCUACCAGAUGAUGUGUGGAAUCAAACAGACCAGGAUUAUAGGAUACCCCCACCGAUGGUUCAAUCUCAUAGAAAUAGGGAUCAAGAUUAUAGGUUAGGUUUCAAUUUGGAUCAAUUAAAACUUCCACCGCCGCCUCCGCCACCUACGAAAUUUCAAGAUCAUCACGAACCGCCGUCUCUUUUACCCGUAGAAAAAUCGAUUUCGCCGCCGCAAGUUUCCUCACCGGAGAAUGUCGAUAUGGAUAUGAGCGACGACGAAGGCAGGCACAAACACGACAACUUGAAGGUGAUCAUUGACGGUACAAAAAGUGACGAUCAGUCGUUCUUGUUGGAACCGCCUCCACCUUUACCGGAGCUACUCGAUGACGUUGAUACUAAUAAUUUCCUCGAUGAUCUCAAUACCGAUGUAAGCGGCGAUUUUGGAAACAUGGAAAAUUUAGAAGAAUCUCUAAAUACGUCUAUGCUUUUACCGCCUCCUCCCAUGAUGAAUUUCAAUGAAUUGGUAGGUCCUCCAUUAAUGCCGCCACCAAUGAAUUCGUCGUUACCUCCGCCACCGCCUUUACAACCGCCUCCUAUGAUGAUGGGUCAAUCGGGACUUGUACCGCAUCCGAAUCCGUGGAUGCGCGACGAGGAAUUAGAUCUUAUGUCCGUAAAUAGUCAAGGAAAUACCGAUGAGAAUAAUUGGUCAGACGAAACGUUUCCGUCAGAUAUGGAUCCUCAACAGCUUCAUUGGAUGGGUCAUCCUAUGAUACAUCCUGGAGGUAGUCCCGGAUUUCGAGGUAGAGGAAAUAGAGGAUUCUUCAUUAAAAGAGGACGAGGUCGAGGCGGCCAAGGACAGAAUUUUCACCAAGAAAAUUUCAGAGGUAACUUCAGAGGACAUUGGGGUAAUCGAGGAGGGAAUAACAGGGGUAACAGAGGAUUUUUUCCAAGAGGAGGUAACAAUUUCCGAGGAAACUUCAGGGGUGGGUUUUGAUAUAAGUAGUUUAUUUUAUAGCAUAGUCGAACUGUUGAGUUUUGUGUUUUUUUUACUAUAAGGAUUUAUUAUUAUUUAAAUAUUUCUGACGGUAAGAACAAAUACAGGAAUCAUAAAAAAUAUACUUGUUGUUUGUACUAAGUUCUCAAUUUUUUAUGUUCAAACUUUUCGUCUAGAUUUUCCGCAGUUCUUUAUACCUCCUAUCCCUUCUAUUCUUUUGCUUGUUUAUAAUUCAUUUAGAUCAGAUUGCAUUCUGACAAUAAUUUUUUUUUAUAUAUUCGGUUAUUAAUUUUUUGAAUUAAGAUUUUGUUUACAUCUAUCUAUCUUUGUGGAAGAAGUUUUUGGAUUUGAAUAAAUCACAUUAAAAGUUUACUCUCAUAUGGUGGUUGUAUUACUCUAUAAUAAUUAAACCAAGGUUGUUUGCUGAUUCAGAUUUUUCAGAUCAAAUCCGUGGAUACUGAUAGUCCAUGUUGGUACUGAUAUUCCAAUAGUCUUAGUUUGUACUACAUGUUUUGUUAUACAAUAUUUUUAAUUACUGUUUACGAUUUUCAGCUUCAUACUCUAUUUGUUCAAUUUAUGGAAAAUACCAUGAGCGAAGGCAAUCUUUAUAAACAUUCAUGGGGUUAAAUUUAUGGAAAGUUGAGUUUCUUACAUAUGUAGUACAUAUUUUAUCUAUCAAUGUACAUUUAUAUAGAAUAAUCGGUCAUUUAAUGUAGACAAUUUUCAUUUAUUCCAUUUUUAAAAAGUACCAUGAAUGAAGGCAAAGAGGUAUACCUUGACGAUCUUUCUAACUUUUCUGGGGGUAAAAUCACAAAAAUUUGAGUUACCUGUACAUGUCGUACUUAUUUCAUCUGUCAAUGUACAUUUCUUCAGAAUGUUCCAUUAUUUGGUGUAUACCUUAAAGAAAACCUGGUAAGUUAAUUCGUAUCAGUAUGUUCCUAUGGCUUCGUUCCCAUAUGUUCUUGGCCCCCCAUGGCCACAUAACGUUGUUGGAUGAAAUUAAUCAUUCAAAACUAGAUUCUUAAUUUGUUUUUUACGAAUUUCACCAUCGUCAUUCUAUUUUUUAUCGUCUGAAAUAUGAAAAUAUUGAUACACAGAAUCAGAUUUUUUUUGUUUUUUUUUUCAAAAUGAAAACGUGUGUGUAUAUAUAGAUAUAUAUAUAAAUUUAUUAUAUGUUUACAUUGUUCGUUUUUUUUCUAUCCUGUUUGAUGUAAAUAUUUCAAUUUUGUUUCUUAAAAGAGUGGAUGUUGUUUUGUCGUGUAACAUGAUUUUUUUCCUUAAAAAAAUAUUGCCUAAGUUUUCAAUCACUAUUUUAAGAAAUAAAAGCAAUUCACUAGAGGUACAAUUCGAAAGUAAAAUGUACAAAGAUUUAUUUAUAAAAUAAAUGAUAAU